ACUGCAACACCAUGGCUCCACCACAUUCCACCAGACACAUUAUUGAAAGCACAGUGCAGCAUUCAGAAUUGUCAAUGGACCAGCAAUUUAAAGAGUUUGGCAGUUCACUAGUCUUUUUUUGUUGAUAACAGUAAUGCACAUAGUACAAAGAGAAGAGGACAUGAUGACAAAUGACCAAUUCUUCUUACCUUGAGAAAAGGGCAAUUAAUUUUCCACAUUUUGUGGGGAUACAACAGGAGACUGACUGAACUUUAGAGAGAGAAAACUGCAAGAAGAAAGUAACCCAGAGAGAUACAUCCAUGAAUGUUGUUGAUAAUAAUAAAAGUUUCUGGAGAAUUGUAAAAUGGGAAAAAUUCACCCAAGCUAUUUACGUGCAAGAGCUUCACGUCUUCAAGUCAUUGCUCUCUUUGGUUUAGCUUUGUUUUCUCUCACACUUCUUUUCCUCUUCAAGGUUGAUCAAACAAGAACAGUAGCAGGACAUAACUUAGAACCAACACCAUGGCAUCCAUUCCCACAUAAAGAAUUCAAUGAUGGUUCGAGAUACACAAGAACUUCUAAAUUCAUUGAAUGUUCUUAUCUAACUUGUCGUACAUACCCCGACAAUAACAACAAUCUUAAUGAAUCAUCAUCAUCAGCAGCAGAUCAAGCUAAGAAUUCAUGUCCGUCAUUUUUUCGUUGGAUACAUCAAGAUCUUGAACCAUGGUCUAAAUCUGGAAUUUCAUUAUCUACACUUAUGGAAGCUAAGAAAUCAGCUGCAUUUAGGAUAACAAUUGUUGAUGGUAGAUCAUAUGCUGAUUUUUAUUACGAUUGUGUUCAGAGUAGAGCUAUGUUUACAGUAUGGAGUUUUUUACAACUUCUUAAAAGAUAUCCAGGAUUAGUCCCAGAUGUUGAUCUUAUGUUUGAUUGUAUGGAUAGACUUGUUCUUAAUCGAACAGAGUAUUCCGGGCAAAUUCCGCCUCCAUUGUUCCGUUAUUGUACCACCAGUGCUCAUUUUGAUAUUCCAUUUCCUGAUUGGUCUUUCUGGGGUUGGCCGGAAGUGAACAUAGAACACUGGGAUGAUGAAUUUAGAAGCAUAAAACAAGGUUCUCAAGCUAAAGAAUGGAUAAAGAGGUGGCCUAGAGCUUACUGGAAAGGAAACCCAGAUGUUCUAUCUCCCGUACGUACGGAGUUGAUGCGUUGUAAUCAUUCUAGGCUUUGGGGAGCACAGAUCAUGCGUCAGAAUUGGUUGGAAGAAGCAAAGGGUGGUUAUGAGCAGUCUAAACUAUCUAAUCAGUGUAAACAUAGGUAUAAAAUUUAUGCAGAGGGUUAUGCCUGGUCUGUGAGUUUGAAAUACAUAUUGUCUUGUGGCUCUCUUACAUUAAUAAUAUCUCCAGAGUAUGAAGAUUUUUUCAGCCGUGGUCUUUUACCAAGAGAAAACUAUUGGCCUAUCUACCCAACAACAGACUUAUGCCGAUCCAUAAAGUUUGCUGUUGAGUGGGGCAACAGAAACCCUUCCGAGGCACUCCGAUUCUCACCUAAUUACUUCCUGUUAGUUAUUUCUUAAUAUUCUCCAGAAAAAUGAAAAAUAAAAAUGGGUUUGCCUGAAUUACUAUGGCGUGCAUUUAGCUUUUGUGUUCAAUGUCUAAUAUACUUAAGUUUGUACUCUUUCCUGCUAAUAAGGCUGAGACCAUUGGGAGAGCUGGACAGGAUUUCAUGGAAAAUUUAUCGAUGGAAAAAGUAUACGAGUAUAUGUAUCACCUAAUUAGUGAGUACUCUAAGUUGCAACAUUUCAAGCCAUACCCACCUUCAUCUGCUCAAGAAGUGUGUAUGGAAUCUCUUCUCUGCUAUGCUGAUCCAAAGCAGAGGGAUUUUCUUGAAAGGUCAGCUACCUCAACUUCGUCAUCGUAUCCAUGCACACUCCCACCUGCCGAUCCUGACAUCAUAAAAACU